CAGCGAGAACGCGCUGAAAUUUUCAUACUCUUAUGGAGAAGGUGGAGGAUCCAGGAAGCCGUGACUACGUUGGAAGUUGAAGCGAAAUUUUCACAGUGUCAAAUAAGCAAUUUGCUAGAGUUUUUACUCCGUGGAAAUAUUCUUGUUGUUUCGCCUUAUGUGCUUGAUCAGAGUUGUGAUCUGAAAAGUCAAAUUCCUGUUGUUGGGACACCUUCAUAAUGAUAAAACUCUUCUCUCUGAAACAACAGAAAAAAGAUGGGGAAGCAACUCCCAAAGGCAAUCAAAAGAAAGCUUCUGCAGCUCAACUCAGGAUUACGAAAGAUAUCAACGAAUUGAAUUUACCGAAAACUUGUAGUACUGAAUUUCCAGACCCCGAUGAUCUCUUGAAUUUCAAACUUAUUAUAUCUCCGGAUGAGGGUUUUUACCGAGAUGGCAAGUUUGUAUUUACAUUCAAAGUUGGACCAAAUUACCCCCACGAACCUCCAAAAGUGAAAUGUGAGACAACAGUGUAUCAUCCCAAUAUUGAUAUGGAAGGCAAUGUGUGUCUUAAUAUUCUUCGGGAAGAUUGGAAACCUGUUCUUACUGUGAACUCAAUAGUCUAUGGACUCCAGUACUUGUUCCUGGAACCUAACCCAGAAGAUCCUUUGAAUAAAGAAGCUGCCGAACUCCUGCAAAGUAACCGUCGUCAGUUUGAACAAAAUGUCCAGAAGUCAUUGCGUGGUGGAUAUGUGGGCUCAUAUUAUUUUGAAAGAGCUCUUAAGUGAAAGCACCUGUUUGCCAUGGUGUGUUUAAUUGUCAUCUCACCCAUAUUACCAUGGGACAUCUCACAACUUGAUGUGCUAAACAAAAUCAUACUUUCCAAAAAUUUAAUACUUUAAGAAAUUAACUGUGACAAAAAGCUAUUUGGACUUUGUGAACAUUGGUUUUCUUGUGAUAAAUUCCAUUAUUUGUUCUCUUAACUCAGACACACUGUUAAACAGAAAUGUAUUCCAGUGUGUACACAGUAUUGUUCAGAUUGAUGGAUCUGUAAAGGGAACAUGAGUAAGGUGGAGGGGAGGCAGCCCAUUGGUAUAUAUAGAAAGGCUGUGUUGAAUUAAUUGUGCUUCUGUCCAUCAAUCUUUCAGUUGGUUUGACUUUACCAAUUUUAUAUUAUUAUAGCUACCAUUCUCACUUUUUCUUGUUUUGCCCUUAUAUAUUGCUACUUUUAUUGUGUGUGUAUUCUUAAUAUGGCUCACAACAUUUCUAAUGUAAACAUUUUUAAUUUCCCCUUUUUUUUUUGUUAAUGUUUAAGAGACACUACAUUAUAAUUAUGGACAUAAGAACUGCUGUGUAAAUAAAGAGAACUAUUGUUACUAAAAAUA